AUGAAGAUCAUAAAAAAAAAAAAAAAUAAAGGAAACCAUAAAACAAAAAGUGACACACCUUAUAGAGACCUGGAUAAUCUAGUACAGAACGGAAAUGAUAUUCAACAUAGAAUUUCCGUCAUAAGAAAAAUUACGAACUUCUUCAGUCUGAUAGUUCAUGAGAUACGGGAAAAUAUAUUCAUGUACACCCUAAGUAUAAUAUAUUUGAGUGUGUGUGUAAUGAAUAAAAUAUUAGCAAAAAGAACACUAAAUAAAAUUGGCAAUUAUAGCUUUAUAACAUCGGAAACUCAUAACUUUAUUUGUAUGGUUGUUUUUUCCUCGUUAUAUUUUUUUUUUACUCGUUCAAAAAUGUCUGCAAAGGAAAGACAACAAAAUUUUGGGCUUCAGUUCUUCGCCAUAUCGAUUUUGGAUGCCUCUUCAGUAAUACUUGCAUUCAUAGGACUUACAAGAACCACAGGAAAUAUUCAGUCCUUCGUUUUGCAGUUGAGUAUACCAAUAAAUAUGUUUUUCUGUUUUUUGAUCCUAAGAUACAGAUAUCACCUUUUUAAUUACCUAGGAGCUGUUAUAAUAGUGGUAACCAUAGCUAUAGUAGAGAUGAUACUAUCAUUUGAAACACAAGAAGAAAAUUCAAUUAUUUUUAAUUUGGUCUUGAUUGGUUCCUUAGUUCCAUUAUGUUUUUCAAACAUGACAAGGGAGAUAGUUUUUCAGAAACACAAGAUAGACAUUUUAAGAUUGAAUGCCGUUGUAUCUUUUUUUCAAAUAUUUACAACCUGUUUUAUUUUGCCGGUCUACACUCUCCCAUUUUUGAAGCAACUUCAUUUGCCAUUUUCUGAAAUUGGCUCAAACAUUAAGAACGGUUUCAACUGCCUAUUUUUCGGAAAAAACACCAUUGUUGAGAAUUGCGGUCUUGGUAUGGCUAAAAUGUGUGACGACUGUGACGGAGCAUGGAAAACACUUUUAGCUUAUUCCUUUUUUAAUAUAUGUGACAAUUUAAUCACUAGUUAUAUAAUCGAAAAGUUUUCGACUAUGACAUACACUAUCGUUAGCUGUAUCCAAGGACCAGCAAUAGCAAUAGCAUACUAUUUUAAAUUCCUUGCGGGUGAUGUUGUUAGGGAACCACGUAUAUUAGACUUUGUAACAUUGGUUGGCUAUCUCAUUGGUUCAGUAUUUUACCGAAUUGGAAACAUAAUCCUAGAAAGAGAAAAAUUGAAAGAAGGAAAUGAUGCGGAUUCUGAGGAACUUACUAAUGCAGAUGGAAUAGCAACUGCUUAA